AUUAUUGCUAUUAUGACUACUUCUUUUACUUCUUCAAACACUACUACUCAAGUUGAUCCAUUUACUCAACUUGAUAUAUUAACACUUCUUGACUUAUUAAAAAAGUCUCAAGAACGAUAUGAGACUGCAGAAAACAAAAUUAUUGAAUUACAAGAAAAAUUAGAUGAACAAGAAAAAUUAAAUGAGCAAUCUCUAUUGAUUAAUAGCAAUACUGUACCUUUGGUUUUGCGACCUACACAAGAUAAUAUAGAUGGAUUUUCUAUUUCAAAAAUUCCACUUGCAAAAAUUUUUAAACUUGACAAAAAAGCUAUUCGUGAAGUUAAAAAGACUUUUGGCUUACUUUUGGAUAAUCAUAAUAUACCAAAAAAUUGCACUAUAUCUAAAAUCGAUCCUUUACAUUCUCAAUAUAAGGAAUAUUUUGGAGACAAUAUGUGGGCAUAUGAAGAAAGUAUGAAACAAGUUAUGCAAGAUCGUAAUAAAGUCAAUGUAAUUAAUACGGAUACUGAUAAUAAUAAUAGUGAUAGCGACAAUCAAGGAAAUUAUGAAGAGAUUAGACAUAUUUUAAAUAAUGAUACUAGAUUAAAUAAUACGAUUGCAAGUAUUAAUAAUGAAAACAUAUUACUAUCAGAUGAUGAAUUUUUUAUUACAAAGAAACAUGCAACUAAAAAAAUUGUGCCUAUGCCAAAAGAUUUGAUUGCUGAUAAAGAAAAACAAAUUAAUAAUAUCCGUAUUUUAAAAGAACGUAAAGUAAAUAAAAUAGUUGCUGCUAAAUUAGGAGACAUUGGAAAUAAAAAUAUAUCAGAAUAUACCGAUAAUGAUAGACCAAGCAAGCGCACUAGAAGCCAAAGAAAAAACUAG